AAUGACGCCAUUACGUUCCUUACGUAGCCUACGUAUGAUGCAAGGCUAGGACGUUUCAGGAAGAAGGAGGUGUUCCACAGCACGGCUGUCCUGUCACAACACUCCACUAUCCUGCUCAUGAGUGUUUUGCUGAUAGAGGCCUUCUACGGAGGCUCACACAAGCAGCUCGUCGAUGUGCUUCAUGAGAAUAUUGAGGACUCUGUGGUCUACACCCUUCCAGCCAAGAAAUGGCACUGGCGGGCCAGAACUUCGGCACUGUACUUCAUGCAGAACAUUCCCGAAAGUCCCUCCUACAGGGUUCUGCUGGCUAGCUCUGUCCUCAACCUAGCCGAACUGGUGGCUCUUCGUCCUGACCUUGGUCGCCUGAGGAAAGUGCUCUACUUUCACGAGAACCAGCUGAUUUAUCCUGUCAGGAAGGCCCAAGACAGAGACUUUCAGUAUGGCUACAACCAGGUCCUGUCAUGCUUGGUGGCAGAUACAGUCUUGUUCAACUCCGCCUUCAACAUGGAGUCCUUCUUGGCCUCCAUGUCAUCCUUCUUCAAGACCAUUCCAGACCACCGGCCCAAAGACCUGGACCGCCUCAUUCGGCCCAAGUGCCAAGUGCUCCACUUCCCCAUCCGAUUCCCCGAUGUCACAAGGUUUCUCCCAGAACACAAGCUUCAGCGCCGAGCCACAGGGUCACACAUAGGCUGUGCAGCAGCAGUUCCUCUGGACUUAUCUUCUCACGGCCGUUUGAGUGUGCCGACAUCAAGCACAUCUGAGGCGUCCUCUACCUCUGAAGAGGACCUGCCUGUGCCCAGUGAGCAGCGGGGUGCCGAGCUGACCCCGGAGCCCCAGAGCGCAAUGGAGGAUCAGAGGGGGCCUGAGCGGCUGCAGCCCCCCACCUGCCCGCCUCAGGGCAGCCACACGGGACCGCAGCCGCAGCCGCCCCUCCACAUCGUCUGGCCACACCGCUGGGAGCACGAUAAAGACCCCGAGCUGUUCUUCAGGACCCUGCUGCAGCUCAAAGAGAGAGGACUCCGCUUUCAAGUCUCCGUCCUGGGGGAGACCUUCACCGACGCGCCCGAUAUCUUCGCGGAGGCCAGGAGAGAUUUGGAGGACCACGUUCUCCACUGGGGUUUCAUGCCCAGUAAAGAGGCCUACCUCGCAGUUCUGUGCAGCGCCGAUGUCGUCAUCUCCACAGCCAAGCACGAGUUUUUUGGAGUGGCCAUGCUAGAGGCGGUCCAUUGUGGAUGCUAUCCACUCUGUCCGAAGGCUCUCGUUUAUCCGGAAAUUUUCCCUGCGGAGUAUCUCUACUCCACACCUGAGCAGCUCUGCAAAAGGCUGCAGGGGUUCUGCAAGAGGCCUGAUGUAGUCCGCCGGCAUGCUGUAAAGGUGGACACAGGUCUGUAUUCCUGGGAGGCGCUCGGCGAGAGGUUUAGGAGUGCGCUGUCUGCAGAGGGCCACGGCGUCGUCACCGCACAGGCCCAGGACCGGGCCGGGCCCGAGGGGAGUCCAGCGGUGGGGGGAUGCUCGCCGUCACCGGAACCCACGGGUGUGAGCUGAGAGAGACGGGUAGGGAGUGCACCCAUGCCCCCUUCCGUGCCCCCUGGAGACCCCCCCCUCCCCCCCCCCUCUGCUGUCCGAGGGGGCGCGGACGCGUUGCGUCGCGUCGCUGCACUUCGUCUCCUCCCGCCGCAUGCGUUGACCGCCACCGCCAGGGUCGAGAAGACAGCCAUCCGCCAAAACGCCCCCGCCCCCACCCUGCCGCCUUCACAUGCAGGAGACGUGUGGUUUGAGCGUGUGGUUUGACAGUAAAAAAAAAAGAGAGGAGAGACGGAGAAAGAGAAAGAGAGAAAAAGCUGGGGGAAAAAAAGAAAACCUGUAACCGCUUUCAUGUUUCCCAUAGGCGGUGCCACCUCAUAUUUCCGCUCAGAUCCGUUUUUAUCCUUUGUGCCGGAGCACUUCAGGCAGGAAUUCAGAUUUUUUUUCUCUCCCCCUCUUCUCCCUCUCUCCCUCGUUCUCUCUCUCUCUCUCGCGCGCUCUCUCUUUGUCGUUCCCACUCCGACAGAGUGGCAGCCAAGUUGUGGCUUUAUAAGCUGUGGGUUAGCUCUCCACCUGGGUUGCCAGGUUGUGGCAUAGUCCCCGGGGGACGGCUUCAGUAAGGUUGACAGGGGGACAGGAAUGCCUCCUGACCAACAUUGAGUCUAAAUACAGACCUCUUGUUUACUCUGUGCAUGGGAUCGGGACUUUCUACAAUUAACUCAUAAAGGCACAAGUUUCACAAGUGUGCACAUGUAUUUAUUUAAACUCAGCGCUCAUUUGGACAAAAGUAUAUCCAAACGAUUGCCAUGGUUGAAAGGGCUGUUACUUUUACAAAUAAAUUGAUUUUAAUCCC